UUGUGAUAUUAUUACAGUUAACCCUACGUUUUUUAUUAUUAAGUGUGAUGCAAGUACAAGUGGAAGCAAUAAACGUAAGCAUAAAACAUUAAAUCUUCUAGAAAAAUGGGAAAUUAUAAAAUGAAACUUCCACGGCUAUUUCUCAAGUUUAUGGUAUAGGGCAAAAGAUUAUAUAGAGAAAAAUUAUUUACCGACGAGAAGGAAGUCGCUAACUUUAUUAAAAGUUUAAGCACUAAAAUUUCAAAACAUGGCCUGACGCCUGAACAGGUUUACAAUGCCGAUGACACCGGCCUAAACUGGCGUCAAUUUCCAACAAAAACAUUUGUAACAGGGGACGACAAAAAGGUUUCUAGAAGAAAGCUACAAAAAGGAUCACUUUGAUAGUAUGCUCAAAUGGCUCUGGGAGUCGUAAGUCAAAACUUCUAGCAGUCAGCAAAAGUAAAAACCCUCGAUCUUUUAAAAACACAAAAAUUGUAAAUCUUCCAGUUGUUUAUAUGAAUCAGCACCGAGCAUGGGUGACCCAAGAAAUCUGCUUUGACUGGUUUAAAAACAACUUUGUAAAAGAGGUAAAACAACAGUUGAAGUCUAAGAAACUGCCGUUAAAGGCUCUUUUACUGCUGGACAAUGUUCCCGGACAUCCAGACUCCGAUGACUUGAAAAUUAAAACAACUAAGAAGUUAGAAGAUCAAGAAAAGGCUAUGACUGAAUCGAUUUGUAAUAGACCAUGUAAUGGUGGACGAUGUAUUAAACCAAAUAUGUGUUUAUGUGACGAGGGAUCUAUACGUCCGGCAUGUUUGCCUGACGACUUCAGAGAUUUCACGGUUACAAAGUCGAUGGAAGAUCAGCCCUCAGAAGGGUUCGAAAAAUCUUCAAAUAAAAGCACAUCGACUACUGCAAUAUUAAGUAGCGUUAAUACAGAUGUCAGAAGUCAGACAUGUAAGUUCCAUUGUUUAAAUGGCGGAUCUUGCCAAGGAACGACUUGCCUUUGUCGGUAUGGUUAUACUGGUGAAACGUGCGCAAACCCUAUUUGUAGAGAUGGUUGUUUAAAUGGUGGUCGAUGUAUUGGACCAGAUAGGUGUGCAUGCGUAUAUGGCUAUGCUGGAAGGAGGUGUGAAGCCGAUUAUCGAAUUGGUCCAUGUUAUACUAGAGUAGUAAAUGACAUGUGUCAAGGGCAAUUAGAAGGAGUUGUAUGUACUAAACAAUUAUGUUGUGCUACUAUUGGUCUUGCAUGGGGUCACCCAUGUGAACAAUGUUCACUAAGUUAUGACUGUGAUUUAGGGUUCUUAAAAAAUGUGCAUUCGAAUCAGUGCAUAGAUAUUGAUGAAUGUGAAGCCAUACCAGGUAUUUGUAAAGGAGGAGCUUGUGUAAAUACAAUUGGAUCAUUUAAAUGUAUAUGUUCUGAAGGACGAAUUCAUAAUUCAGUAACAAAUAUGUGUGAUGAUGAGAAUGAGUGUAAAAAGGGAGAUCCAAACAUUUGUCAAAAUGGAUACUGUGUUAAUACUGAUAGCUCAUAUUACUGUAUAUGCAAACAAGGUUUUGUACCUACCAACGAUCGAAAAGGAUGUAUUGAUACUCAACAAGGUAAUUGCUAUACUAAAAUUUCUCCAGAUCAAGAAUGUACAAGUCCUUUGCCAAUUAAACUUUCGAAAAAAGAUUGCUGCUGUGGAAAAGAUAUGGGAAAAGGCUGGGGAAAUUUAUGUGAACAGUGUCCAACUCAAGGAAUGAUUGAACAUAAUAAAUUAUGUUUGGGUGGUAAAUUUAAUCAUACAGUUUUAAAUUUGGUUGACGAAUGCGCUUUAAGGCCUGAAAUUUGUGGUAAUGGAGGAAAAUGCAUUGAUACAGUGGAUGGUUAUGCUUGUGAAUGCCAUCCUGGUUUCUCAAAGAGUCGUCAUGAAGACUCGCAAGUGUGUGAAGAUAUAAAUGAAUGUCUACAACAAGGUAUUUGCAAUAAUGGUCAAUGUAAUAACACACCAGGUAGUUUUAUUUGCUCAUGCCCUUCGGGAUAUGACUUAGCAUCCGAUGGGAAACGUUGCAUAGAUCAUAACGAAUGUGAGCAAAAUGGUAUGUGUGCGAAUGGAAUAUGUAUUAAUAUACAGGGAUCAUUUCAGUGUAAGUGCAAAACAGGAUUUGUCAUGUCACAAACUGGACAUUCCUGUACAGACAUUGAUGAAUGCUAUGAAAAUCCAAGAAUUUGUUUGAAUGGAAGAUGUAGAAAUACACCCGGAUCUUAUUUAUGUGAGUGUCAAGUUGGAUACAAUGUGUCACCUGAUGGUGCUUUUUGUGCAGACAUCAAUGAAUGCGAAAGAAGGCCAGAACUCUGCAAGAACGGAAAAUGUGCCAAUACCGAUGGAUCAUAUAAGUGUCUUUGUGAUUCUGGUUAUCGUUUAUCACCUGAUCGUCAAAGUUGUAUAGAUAUUGAUGAAUGUUCAAAUAAUAUAAACCCUUGUCAGAGUGGUAAAUGUGUUAAUACAGCUGGCAGUUUUCGCUGUGAAUGUCAAAACGGCUUUUAUUUAGGACCAGAUGGACGUACAUGUUUAGAUAAUCUCCGUGAUUUAUGUUUCGCCAGUAUUCAACAAGGUACAUGUGUACAACCAUUAAGUACACCAAUAACGAAAUCAAGUUGUUGUUGUUCACAAUGUAUGGCGGGCAAUAAACUAGGAUGGGGUUCUCCAUGUUCAAAAUGUCCAUUAUCAGAUAAUCCUGAAUUUAAUAUACUUUGCCCUCAAGGAUAUGGAAUGACAUUCAAUGGAGAUGAUAUAAAUGAAUGUGCGCAAAACCCGGCUAUUUGUUUGAAUGGAGCUUGUGAAAAUAUCAUUGGAAAUUAUCGAUGCAUUUGUAAUGCAGGUUAUGAAGUGGAUGACACUGGUAAAUUGUGUAGAGAUAUAAAUGAGUGUGAAAUAGAUGAAACAAUAUGUAAUGGAGGACAAUGUCGUAAUACACCCGGAAGUUUUCAAUGUACUUGUCCAUUGGGGACAGUAUUAAAUACAAAAAGUCAAGCCUGUGAAGAUGUCGAUGAAUGCGUAGAAUUGGGUCAAAAUGCUUGUUUAGCUGGGCAAUGUAUAAACACAGUGGGUUCUUUUGAAUGUGAAUGCGCACCAGGAACCAUACUAGACAGUACUGGAAGAGUUUGUUUAGAUAACCGCCGUGGUUCAUGUUGGACUCGUAUAAUUGCUGGUAGGUGUGAAAAUAAUUUAGUUCAACUAACAAAAAAAUCAGAUUGCUGUUGUUCAAUUGGAUUGGCUUGGGGUAGUCCAUGUGAGCUAUGUAAAUUAGAAGACUGUGGUGAAUGUAACAAAGGAUUCAUGGGUGUAGGAAAAAUCUGUCACGAUAUAAAUGAAUGUGAAUUAAGUCCUGGAGUUUGUCGAGGCGGAGGAAUUUGUGUCAAUACGGAAGGAUCAUUUACAUGUAUUUGUCCUCCAGGCUUAACCUUAGAUACAACUGGUACUGUUUGUUUGGAUGUUAGAGAAGAAAAGUGUUACACUGAUUAUAAACAUGGAACUGGAGUUAAUUCGAUUGAUGGAUUAUAUUCUCGAGGUACUUGUUGUUGUUCUGGAAUAGGUAGAGCUUGGGGAGGAGGAACAGAAGGGGCUAUAACUAAAAGUGAAAGUUGUCCAAGACGUGGUAGUCCAGAGUUUAUUGAUUUAUGCCCUAAAGGUCCAGGAUUUUUUGAUCGUAAAGAUAUUAAUGAAUGCAUUGAAUUUCCUGGAAUAUGUAGCAAUGGUAGAUGCAAAAAUACUAUGGGAGGAUUUACAUGUAAAUGUAGCCAAGGAUAUGCUUUAGAUGAUACUGGUAUUCGUUGCAUUGACAUUGAUGAAUGCAAUAUAAUGCAUGGUGUUUGUGGAGAUGGCGAAUGUCAAAAUAUUCCUGGUAGUUUUAUAUGUAAAUGUAAAGAAGGAUUCGAAACUUCACAACUGAUGCAAGUUUGUAUGGAUAUUGAUGAAUGCGAGAGAACCUCUGGAUUAUGUCGUGGUGGUACUUGUAAAAACACUCCGGGUAGUUUUAAGUGUGAAUGUCCGCCAGGUCAUGAGUUAUCUACUGAUAAACAAAGUUGUAAAGAUAUUGAUGAAUGUUCAAUAACUAGUGGAAUAUGUUCAAAUGGUGUAUGUGAAAAUAUGAUGGGAACUUACCAAUGUGUUUGUGAUGAAGGUUAUAGACAAACUGAUCAAAAGUUUUACUGUGAAGAUAUUGACGAGUGUCUAAUCAAUAAUGGCGGUUGCUCAUCAGUUUGUAUCAAUAUGCCUGGUAGCUUUAUGUGUUCUUGUAGGGCUGGAUAUAUGUUGUUAGGCGAUAAACGAACAUGUGCCGACAUCAAUGAAUGUGAUGUAAAUCCAAGAGUAUGUAAUGGUGGUACAUGCAAUAAUACUUUAGGAAGUUUCAUAUGUUCAUGUUCUGGAGGAUUAUUAAUAGGGCCCAAUGGAUCAUCAUGUUUAGAUAUUAACGAGUGCGAAAAAAAGGAUGUAUGUGGUAAUGGAUUAUGUAGUAAUACAAUAGGAUCGUUUACAUGUCGUUGUGAAGAAGGAUAUUCAGUCAAAUUAGAUUCCGAACCAACAUGUACAGAUGACGACGAAUGCGAAAUGGGUACUCAUAAGUGCGAUAUAAAUGCAGCUUGUAUAAACAAUCCAGGGUCAUACAGUUGUAGAUGUCAAGAUGGUUUUACUGGUAAUGGUUAUAACUGUAUGGAUAUAAAUGAAUGUUUAACAAAUAAUGGUGGCUGUGAUCAAAAUGCACAGUGUCAAAAUGAAGAUGGAACAUUUAAAUGUGUUUGUGAUGAUGGUUUUCGUGGUGAUGGAUAUAUAUGUACAGAUAUCGAUGAAUGUUUAGAAGAUUCAACAUUGUGUGAAAAUGGUCAUUGCCUUAACUAUCCAGGUUCAUAUCGAUGUGAAUGUGAAAUGGGUUUUAUUAAUCCUGAUGACAAAAAUGAAAAGUCUUGUAUUGAUAUAAAUGAAUGUCAAAUAUUUAAUAAUCUAUGUGUUUUUGGAAUUUGUGAAAAUAUAUUUGGUACGUUUAGAUGUGAAUGCAAUAAUGGAUAUACUUUGGACAGUACUGGUGGUAAUUGUACAGACGUAAAUGAAUGUGAAAGUCCACAAGUAUGUUUAUAUGGCAAUUGUGUAAAUAAUGAAGGAAAUUACACUUGUUUAUGUCCUUCAAAUUAUGAAUUAGUAGCCUCCGGAAACGCUUGUGUUGACAAAAGAGAAGGAAGGUGCUAUAUGGAAGUAGAAGAUAGAGGUGGUCGAAGACGCUGUCACCACGAAAUGGGUUCUUCUGUGACAAAAGCUACUUGUUGUUGCUCUGUUGGUAAAGCAUGGGGAGCAAAGUGUGAAUUGUGCCCUAGUUUUGAUAGUGAGGAAUAUAAAACUCUUUGUCCAGGAGGAACAGGAUAUAGACCUAAUCCUUCUACAGUAAUUAUAGAAGACGUAAAUGAAUGUGAAGAACACCACAAUUUAUGCAAAAAUGGUCACUGCACCAAUACAUUUGGUAGUUACAUGUGUCUGUGUAAUGAAGGCUACCGUUUAGAUAAUACCAGUACAAUUUGUUAUGAUAUAAAUGAAUGUGAAGAAAAGCUAAGUAUUUGUGAUGUUGGACAAUGUAUAAAUGAAAUCGGUACAUAUCAUUGUGUUUGUCCUGACGGAUUCAUGCUUUUAUCAAAUGGAAAGGAAUGUGUAGACAUGCGAAAAGAAAACUGUUUCUUAAAUUAUACAAGUGACCAAUGUACGGCUCCCAUGACAAAUAUUCAAACCAGAAUGAUCUGUUGUUGUUCUAUGGGACAAGCUUGGGGCUCGCCUUGUCAACCAUGUCCAGGACCUAGUACAAAGGAAUAUGUAUUAUUAUGUGGAACAAGACCUGGCUUAAUAAUAAAUCCAAUGACCAAUCAAUCAGAAGAAAUAGACGAAUGUGCUCUUAUGUCUAAUAUGUGCAUUCAUGGCGUUUGUAUAAAUACACCAGGGAGUUUUCACUGUUCCUGUAAUAGUGGAUAUGUGUAUGAUGUAAAUUCUCAUCAAUGCAUAGACGAUAAUGAAUGUUUACGGAUACCUCCACCAUGUCGUGGCAUUGCUCAAUGCGUAAAUGUUCCUGGAACUUUUGAAUGUCAUUGUCCAGAAGGAUACAAACUUGGACCAACAGCGAGAGAAUGCAUUGAUAUUGACGAAUGUUACGAACGUGAUGGAAUUUGUCAAAAUGGAGAAUGUUCAAAUUUAGACGGAAGUUUUCAAUGUAGUUGUCAUAAUGGCUAUGGUUUGACAACUAAUCACGAUUCUUGUAUAGAUGUAGAUGAAUGCAAAAGACAUCCUAAUGUCUGUAAUAACGGUACCUGUUUGAAUACUAUUGGCUCAUUCAAAUGUAAUUGUUUCGAAGGAUUCAAAUUAAGUCGUAAUAAUGAUUGCAUCGAUAUAGAUGAAUGUAGAAUGAUGCCAUUUUUAUGUCGAAACGGUCGCUGCCGAAAUACAAUCGGCAGAUUUAGUUGUGAAUGUACAUCAGGAUAUAUUUUAUCUCUAGAUGGACAACAUUGUAGAGAUAUUGACGAGUGUACAGAAAUAUCUGGUACUUGUACUUCACCAGGAAGAUGUCAAAAUCUCAUGGGUUCAUUUUUGUGUUCAUGUCCUCUAGGAUACCGAUUAUCAGCAGCUAAAAAUUCAUGUCUUGAUGUGAAUGAAUGUAAAGAACUUCCUGGAAUAUGUGAUGGGGGGACAUGUAUCAAUUCAGACGGCGGAGUAAUAUGCGAUUGUCCUGAUGGUUUCGUACUCAGCUCAUCUGGAAUGAAAUGUAUUGAUACUAGACAAGACUACUGUUACGAUUCGUUUUUAACAGGUAAUUGUUUGGCCCCAAGAAGACAGAAAAUUACUGAAAAGGAGUGCUGCUGUUCAGCAGGUUCUGGUUGGGGUAAACUUUGUAAAGCUUGUCCUCAAUCAGGAAGUGACGCUUUUGUUAAACUUUGCCCCGAAGGUAUUGGACGAGGUGAUAAAGGUGAAGAUUUAAACGAGUGUGAUUUUAUGAACAAUCCAUGCGAUGGUGGAGAAUGUAUAAAUACUGAUGGAUCAUAUCGCUGUGAAUGUCCUGUAGGGUACAUUUUAGAUUCUACUGGAAAACAAUGCGUAGAUGAAAAUGAGUGUAAAAUAAAUGUUAACAUAUGCGGGAAUGGAACAUGUACAAAUCUUCAAGGAGGCUUUGAAUGCAUAUGUGCAGAUGGGUUUGCUCCUGGUCCUACUCAAGUUUGUGAAGACAUAAAUGAAUGUUUAGAAAUGGCUAAUCAAUGCGCUUUUCGUUGUCACAAUGUACCUGGAUCAUUUAGAUGUAUUUGUCCAUACGGUUAUGCUUUAGCUCCUGAUGGUAGACAUUGUCAAGAUGUGGACGAGUGUGUCACUCCAGCAAAUAAUUGUAAAUUUGCUUGUAAGAAUCUUAUAGGAUCAUUUUCAUGUAUUUGCCCUGAAGGCUAUAAACAAUCUAGUAGUGAUGAAUGUAAAGAUAUUAAUGAAUGCAAAGAAAAUCCAAAUAUAUGCCAAAAUGGAUUUUGUUUAAAUGUACCAGGUUCUUACAAAUGUGAUUGUUUUGAUGGUUUCAAAAGUAGUUAUGAUGGAAAACAAUGCGUAGACUCUAGAGUUGGUUUAUGUUACAAACAAUUAAUAAAUGGUAAAUGUAGCCAAGGGGAAUUGAAUAUUUCUUAUAAAACUGUAACAAAAGCUGAUUGUUGUUGUUCUAUGGCUGCGGCUUGGGGUCCCCAGUGUCAAUUAUGCCCUUCACCAUCAUCAGAACUCUUUCGAAAACUUUGUUUGGAAUCAGGUUAUACUAUAGAUGGCCAAGAUAUAAAUGAAUGUGAAAUAUUGCCAGAUUUAUGCAGAAAUGGCAAAUGUGUAAAUACGUUGGGCUCAUAUCGAUGUAUUUGCAAUAAAGCCUAUAAAGUUGAUUAUACUGGAACGCAUUGUAAUGAUGUAAAUGAGUGUCUUCUUAAUCCAACACCUUGUGAAAUGUCUUGCCAAAAUUUUGAUGGGGGUUAUUCUUGUGGAUGUACAAAUGGAUUCAUAUUAAAUCCAGAUAAUAGCACUUGUCGGGAUUUAGACGAAUGUUCAACGGGACAACAUAUUUGUCAACAAUUAUGCAUUAAUACUUAUGGAUCAUAUAAAUGUGGAUGUAAUCCUGGAUAUCGACAGUCUGGUGAUAACUGUUUAGAUAUCAAUGAAUGUCAUCAAGAUCGAAGUAUUUGUGUACCCCCAGGAAGUUGUGUAAAUACGUUGGGAAGCUAUCGAUGUACAUGUCCAAAACCUUACAAAUUAGAUCCUACUAAUAAUCGUUGUAUUGAUCCUAAGCAUAGUAAAAACAAUCAGACAGAUUGUAUCGGUCUAGAUUGUGAUACUUUUAUUGGUUGUCCAAAUCGCCUGAAUAUGCAAAACGGAACGUCUAAUCAAAAUUGUGGAUGUCCUCAAGGUUUUCAAAAACUGAGUAAUCGUGGCGAAUGCAUUGAUAUUAAUGAAUGUUUAGAGUCGCCAUGUGAUUUAAGUUUGAAUUGUAUAAAUACCAUUGGAAGUUACCAAUGCGUAUGCUUUAAUGGCCAAGUUAUUGAUCCUACGUUUCAGGGCUGUGGAAAUAGACCUCUUUUUCAACAUGGGGGAAAAAUUGGUCAAAAUGAAUUAAUUAUUGGUACAGGUGGUAAUAAUUAUAAUGGUUGUUACGGCAGUCCAUGUGCUUAUGGUUGCACGCCAAUGGGACAAAAUGCAUUUUUAUGUGGAUGCCCAGCAGGAUAUCAGCGUAUUGGCCAGGGUCAUUGUUUAUCAACCGCCAAUCCGCAUACCAGUAAUUCAUUUGUAGGCCCUCCAGAUUUAGGUGAAAUACCCACAUUUCCAAUAGAACCCGAAUUGAUCCACAAAAGUUCUGGAGGUAAAGUUAUAUCCACUGAAGGAUGUUUCUCUUGCAAGAUCAAUGGAGAAGGUAGAUUUCGUCAUAAAAGAACUGUUAACAUGACAGUCGAUAGUAACAAUUGGAAAAUUGAUUCAAAAAACAAUAGAAUAAAAUAUAAAUUCAGACAUCAUCAAGACAAUGGAAUACAUAAAACUAUUAAGAUAAAAUUAUCAAAUGCAAAACGAAAAACACAGAUACUGAAAUUGUUAUCAUCAUUAAAACAGUACAAUUAUAACUAUUUUGUCGUUCCCACGGAUCGAAAUGAAGUACUUUUUAAGAUAAAAAAAGACACUAAUAAUAAUUGGGUGUUGAAUUUCAGAAGAGCUCCAAAUAAGCCAGGAAAUUAUCAUAUAAGUAUUGACGGGCAACAAAAUUCUGUUAAUAAUAUUACAAAACAAUAUCUACCAAUUUUGCACAUUAAACUCAUCGUAACAGAUAACUAAAAAUUAAUACAUUUUAUAUACUAUUUGUAAUUUACCAUACUUGAGUAUUAUAAAUAUAGAGCUAUUUAUUAAAAUUUAGUAAAAAUAUCAAGAUAAUAUGAUGUUAAUUACUUAAUAUCUAAUGAAUUAAAGUAUUUUAUUACUUAGGGAAACUUAGAAAAAACUUAUUUUUCCAAAGUAGUAUACAGAUUUUAAUUAGCCUCAAGCUUAUAACACACCACUAAAAAAUGUAUGAUUGUAAAACGGCAUCAUUUUAUAAAAUUUGUUUUUUAUACAAAUUAAUAUUAAAAGUUUUAAUACUAAAAUGACAAUUACUGUCGAUUACUUGAAUAUUUAUAUAGCAAUGAAAAUAUUAGUCUAUUCUUGAAUUCCAAAUUUAAAAUAGUGUGUUGCGAACUUGUUCAAUAAAUAAGUAUUUAAUCAAUUGUUGAGUAAAUAUAUUAGAUAUUACAUGUAUCAAAAUAUGUUACAUCACAUACACAUAAGUAUAAUUGUAGCCAUUUGUUUAGAAACAACUAAAAAUACACAUUUUUUUUUAUAGAUAACAAAAAUAAAUUUAUGUGAGGUAAUAUAAUAAAAUAGUAAUUAAUUGGGGGCAUUAACAGUAGCUCAAUUUUUAAACAAAGUAAUUUUCUUUAAGCGAUGACAAUUUUUAAAUAUUUUAUUCAUUUAUUAUUUUUUUUUUACUUGGAUAU